ACAUUUUUAACCCAGAGAGGAGAUUUAAAAAAGUGAAAAUUUAUUUAAUUUUGUGAUAUUUACAAAAUGAAUUGAAAUAUUUAUUAAAAAAUAUAUAUAAAUACUUAGUUGGGAAUUUGCCUGCGUUGAGAGUUGAGAGAACUCAUUCCUCAAUCUAACCUCAGAAUUGAAUUGAUACAUACAAUCUACAGAAACUACCAUGGCAACAAUGCUUUUCAAGGGAUUCGCGGCUCGCUCUCUCACCACACGUCUAACUAGUUCAUGUUAUUAUGGAAUGAGAUACUCAUCUACUGUGUCUAAUGAUCCCGAUUCACACGAUGACUUCAAGCCAGCUAAUAAACUUGAGAAUUCCGGCACUUCUUUGUCAAAUAUUGUUGAGCAGGAUGUCAAGGAUAAUCCUAUUAUGGUUUACAUGAAAGGUGUGCCUGAUUUUCCACAGUGUGGAUUUAGUGCUCUUGCAGUUAGAGUUUUAAAGCAAUAUGAUGUUCCAAUAAGCACUAGAAACAUUUUGGAGGAUCCUGAACUGAAAAAUGCUGUAAAAGCAUUCAGUCACUGGCCAACAUUUCCACAAAUUUUCAUUAAGGGAGAGUUUAUUGGUGGAUCGGAUAUUAUUCUUAAUAUGCACCAGACUGGUGAGUUGAAGGAAAAGCUUAAAGACGACGUGUCCAAGCAGUAAAAUCACAAUUAAGGUGAUGGGAUUUAAAAGAGAGGUAGUUUAGAUCAACUUGUUCGAUGCAAUCUGUUUCUUUUGCUGAAAGAUGACAUUAUGUAACUUAUUUGUUUCAGAUUUUCUGGAUAGUUACAAGUUAUUAUUUGACAAAUAAAAAAUUGUUAUGGCAUAAGAAUUUUGUGCAUGCGUGUGUACUUUGCUUAAUGUUUAUUUGUCGUAUAUGAAAUAAUAGUUAAGACUGAACUUUAUUCA